CGGCGCAGUACACAUGGUGACACCUUACUCCGUGACGCACCACGUGGCCACUCACAAACAAUAACAAUGAUCCCCAAGCGUUACGACCCCAACUUGUGCCCGCUGAGGGGAUUUCCCGUGAUUGUAUGAAUGACAUCACAGUGUAGUGUAUGUGAAAAGGAAAUGGAAGAAACAUGAAGGAUGAGACAGUAGAGUGUGUGUGUGUGUGAGAGACCCAACACGGACUGUAAGCUGGAACACCUGCCAACCAGUCUUCAUAACACCUGUACUGUACGUCGUGGCUAAUGAGAAUCACUUGAUUGUGCGAAACACAUUGGAAACACCGCGGACCUAAAGAACAAAUACUUCAGUUGCUGUUACGGGAAGAUAAAAUAGAACUAAUUAUUUGAAAUUUAAGUGUUUUAGUACAGUUGUGAGACAAGAGAAUUGUUUUAGGUGUUUUUUGUGAUAAACCUUUAAAUGUCCGUCUGACAGGAAAAGAAAAUAUCCUGUUUAAUUUUUGGCCAGUUGAGAGACAGUGGGGAACACCGUGUUGUGACGUCACCAUGAAGAGUAGUGAGAGCGACUCCUUGUGAGGUACUCCAGUUAUGUGCGGCCUCUCAUAACUACCACUGCUGCUGGUCGGUGUUGUCGUCUUUACUUAACAUAUCAUCGUUGUUGUUUUUUUCUGUGGCCUAAGAAUGUAACAUAUCAAGUUGUAAAUAGUUUUAUAACAUUAGUGUUUGUAGCGUAAGAAAUAUUUGUACUUUGCUGUGAUUUUGAAAACUUUUGAAAAAAAAAACUACUUUUGUUUGUCGUCUUGAUGUUGUAGUUGUGGAAUCUUUUUGGUGUCCGUGAGUUCACUUGUUCAUCAGAAACACACUAAGUCCAUAUGCAAAGAUUUAAUCACACUUAUGUAGUAAGAACAUUAAUGCUUUAUGGAACUGAAGCAAACUAGAGUCUCUCACCCAGUAAACAAUGGAAAUGAGCGAGUAACAAAAUGUGGAGAACACCUAACCGAGGCGACCAGUGCACACCUAAUACCACCCUGUUUGUUGAUCUUAACAAUAAUUACCACACUCAAAAAUGAGAGUACUAACGAGCACGAGUGGGCUAGUGUCUGCCAGGACGCUAAUUGUGUUGUGGGUGGUGAUGGUGGUGGUGGUGAAAGGUCAACAGACUCCUCCAGCGUCGCCGCUAGCAAGACCACAAAGUUCUGACAGGCCUCCACCAACGGUCCUCACACACCAACACCCCUCCCACGCCACCAUCCCCACUACUCCACCUGCAAUGGAGAUGCACGGGGAAUUACUGAGGCGAUUAACCAAGAAAGUUCCUUACGUGUACACAGGAGGAAUUCGACAGGCUCCCCACGACCGGUCCAGAGACGUGGUCACAAUUGUUCCUAGAGACACAGGGAUGCCGCAGGAACAGUCUCCCCACAACACCUUGAGUGAAGGUCAUAGUGACAGACAGCUUUAUGAUAAUAGUGAUCUGACGGUGCUUCAUAAUUCUGCGGUCCAACACAUCAUGACUGCUGGUGACGACCGACACGCGGUGCCUAACAAACUCGCCUCCUCCAGAAGACGAUACUCUGGUGUUUUAGGCUUGCUUAGAAUACCAGUAGCAACAUUUGCACCAGUAGUGGCGGCAGGUGUGGUAGGCAGCACCCGCGCCCACCUGGCCAGGGCGAGAAGGCAGGUGGUGGCGCCCACACCCCUCAGACUCACCCCGCCCCUCAGAUUACUUCUACACAACGAACCUUCCAGCCCGCUCCCUCCCCUCACCUCGCUCAAGUCCUCUACUUCUCCACCCUGGUCUUCCUCUGGGGACACUGGCGGACAGGGCGAGAGAUCACUGCCUCGCCACCACACAGGACUCGGGGAGGAGGACCCAUUUCAUUCUCUGUCUGUUUCAACUCAGAUAAGUAAACGAGAAUUAACCAACGAAGUAAACUUGCUGAACCAGUACUUAGACGCGAGAAAAUACGCCAGAGAUUUACGAUACUUUAGUCAGUUGAGCGAUGAGGUUCGUACUGUGGGUGUGAAGAAUGUGUACGGAGAGGCAUCAGGGGAGCCCAUCCACAACCACCACCCACACACCCACUCUGAAGACCCACACGCCCACACCGCUGAGAGUCCGGGCGUGAGGUCAUCUGUGUCUGGUAGCGGCAACUCGGUGGACAGGUCUCGACACUUUAGGUCAACAACGAAGAGGAGUAACGACCCUUUAGUAGUGGUAGGAGAAUAUGACGACCCCUCACGACCGCUCACAGAUGUAUAUGACUAUUAUCAAAGAACAUCGUGGGACAAAAACGACCCCCCCACACCGGCGAUCAGCAGAGAGGGCAACUACCCAGAAACAAUUACAGAUAAUGGUGGCUCCUUAAACGCUGCCACCAACCCAAGGACAAUCACGCACAGAGACGGCCACACUAGCACAUCCACGGACGGAGGUGAAUUAACAAGGAUAACUACGGACUGGGAUGAUUACACCAGCACAUUCACGGACGAAGACAGUUACUCUGAUACACCUGUGGACAAAGUAACAACUACGGACGAAGGUGAUUGUUCUGAUCCAAUCUCAGGUGAUGAGUAUUCAGGCUCAACUACGGACACAGAUGAGUACCUCGGCUCAUCUACGGACACAGAUGAGUACCUCGCCUCUAGUACGGACGGAGAUGAGUACCUCGGCUCAACUACUGUCGGAAAUGACAAUCUAGAUGUAAGGACAGACGAUGGUUAUCAGUUGGGUGUAACCACGGACGGAGAUAACUAUUCCAGCCCAACCACGGACGGACCCCCGCCUCCUCCACCAUCACCCACGGACAGACAACCCACAAGAGAAACAUUCCUGGCCGCAGGGGGGAGGAAAGUCGACGUGUUGGGGGUGAAACUGACGCAGCACCAGGAGUACAUCGUUACCGAAGAAGGCGCUGAAGAGACGUACGAUAUUUGUCGAAAGUUGAAGAUAUUUUACGAAUCUCUCGACACCAAGUUAACCAGUUCGGACUCAAGUGGUGUGAGUCACGGUGUGGUAAAUCCGGACUCGGGUAUACCUGAGUACUUGGAGUAUUUGAGUGUACUGCUUCGGGGAUUUGAUAAACAGAAAACAUAUACAAACGCGGAGGUGAUUAGUGAUUCUGUUGAAGUGAAAACAGCGGGACGUGUGACUAAUGACGUGUUGUCGGGACCGCCAUCACCUGUGGAUAGUGACGGCAUUGUACCCAAAACUGAGUUGACUGUAAUUAAUGAUACACUUUUACCGACUAGUGACACCUCUGUACCGACUAACGACACCUCUGUACCAACUAAUGACACCUCUGUACCAACUAACGACACCUCUGUACCGACUAGUGACACCUCUGUACCGACUAACGACACCACUGUACCGACUAACGACACCACUGUACCGACUAAUGACACCUCUGUACCGACUAACGACACCACUGUACCGACUAACGACACCACUGUACCGACUAAUGACACCUCUGUACCGAUGACGGCGACGCCUUUAAACGAAGACAACAAAGUUUUAUCGGCGACGUCUAUGUAUAGUGACAACAGUGUACCGAUUACGGCGGCGGCUGUCCAGGAGAACUGUACGUCUGUGUCGACCGAUUCAUCUGUAGGACAGGACCCGUUACCGCCGAGCCCAGCGUCGUCAGCGGCCCCUCCUACAGCACCCUCAGGCGUACAGCUCUGGCUUAAAGACGAAGAUGGCAAAGCGGUAGAGGGGGCCCUGUCGUCCGCCCAUCAGUACACAGUGACGGUGGUGGCGCCCGGGGCAGUCGUCUUGUUGCUGGAGUGUAGAGGAUCCGGAUGGUGAGGGCGUGGGUCGUCUCAUGCUCCGCCACGCC